AUGACAAAAUGUGUGCGCAUAUUUCAUUGUUUUCUCAAACCAGAUGCACAACCAGUAUGGGCGAUCACACCGGAUAUUUUGGCCAGAGUGGAACUGCCCCAACUGCAUAUACUGCCCACAAUAAGACCGAGUGAGGACGAAUUCACAACCGUUAUCCCAAAGGAUUCAACAGACUUGUGGCGUCCGGUUGGUGGUUCCGUGACACUGCUGUGUGCAGCCAAUUUGCGUGGCCAUUCCACCAACGCACCCGACCUAAAUUGGUCUUUGGGUCGGAUUUUCACUGAGCAAGCCAGAUCAGAAGUGUUGGCUCGUAAACUUGAUUAUCACCUCGAAUGGCUGAAAGAUGGCAACCUGAUUCGAACGAAGGNUCCUUUCAAACCGUUACGAAUUUUCUUUGCGAAUGAACGAGGCUGUUCAUUUUAA